GUUUCAGACAGCGGCGGCGGCAGUUCCUUCCUCUGAUCCGAGCCCGGGUACUAUGAAGUGCGCCCGACUUCAAUUACAAGAAAGAGCAAAAGUAAUACCUAAAACAGAAAAGAUCCAAAAUACUCAAAGACCUAGAAGAUACUGUCAAAAACGUCUCGUUAAUCCUGAACAUGACGAAAACCCGACAUGGAUGGCUGUUUUUGGAAGAUAUCAUUGCAACGCUGACAACCCUAAGGAAGCGCCAGAACAUGGGCAAAGCCAUCGUGACAAUGAAGAUCUCUACCUUAGUGUUCAAACACUAAAAUUCCAAGGUGACGUCGAGCAACAAAAAAGACCUAAAACAAGUUUCAAAUACAAAACGCUAAGCGAUAACAAGAAACACAGGAUGUUCGUUAAACAAAUGGUACAAAAUGAUUUCGAUGAUUCGGGAAGAUCUUCACAACACACAUGCUACUAUUUCGACGAUUACGCUAAGUAUUUGUUCAGUAAUGAAAGGUCCAGACCCAAUUCUGGUAAAUCAAGCCUCUUCCUUCAAGGCCUUAGUGGUAAUUACAGAGAACAAAAAGAGAUACGCGUCAAUGACUCAGAUAGAAAGUGCAGGAGCGUCGGAUCUAGGUUUAAAAGUAUUUUCAAACGAAAUACGAAACACAAUUUCGAUAAUACGGAUGACAAGUCGGAGAUCGAUGAUAUUCAAGACGCUAAAAUAAAGUUUGAGAAAUCUGGUACGAGAAAGAGUUUGACCAUAUCACGAACUCAAAGCCCUGAAACUUUCCAGAUAAUAAGAGUCGACGUAGUAUGCAAUUACAGCAAUCCCAUCUUAUUAGAUCAAGAAGAUGAAAAAAACAUAACAGAAAACCAUUUGGAAUCAGUUACAGAAUCGAAAUUAGACAACUUUAAAAAUUCUCAUUUCGCUACUAAGUAUUUAUUGACUAAGACUGUUAAAACUUUAGAUGAACAUUUAUCCGGUGGAGCCAAAGUAACUCUGCUCUGCAAAACAUUCAAAUUGUCCGAACGAAACAAUUUCUCACGAACAAUUAGAAACGAUGAGGCUGGAAAGAGGAGUAAGGUGAAAGAUGUAAAAGUUAAAACUAAGAUCAAGAAAUAAAGAUUGUUAGUAAA